CACGGUCUUAUAGACAGGUCUGGGCACUCCGGCUGUAAAACCGUGCUCGAAAAUGAAGCCGAUGUUGUGAAUUUUCGCCGCUAGUGCUAGUGAGGGAGAGGCCUACAGUACGCAUACACUGGCCUCAGAGAUUCCAGCGCUCCGGUCUUUGGUGCACAAAUUGAGAAACACAUGCUUCAAGACGGUCACGCUGCGUUAUAUAGGAAGGGGCUUGGAGUGCCCAGACCUGUCUAUAAGACCGUGAUUGUGAUCAAAUAUGCCGACAUGGUCACUACCAUUAAAAAUGUUAACCCUUCAUCCAAGUCUUUCACCAGAGGGUCUCUAAUGAUUUUUACUUAUUGUUGCAUGAAACGAAAUAAUGCAACUAGUAUGGAUCAGUUCAUUUUGAAGUAAAUAAAUGGGGGCGUUCAAUGCUCCGUAUGACCAGCUGUUGAUGAAUUGUUCAGCGCCGCUUGUUAUUGUUGUCGCUCCGUCUGUCGUCUGCUGCAAGAACGAUUUCAGCGUUUAAGGAACGACUGGAGUACUUGCCGUCCGGGACAAAUUUAAUAGUAUCCUGUGACAUACCAUCAAACAUGCCUCCGAAGUUCAAGCGUAAUGUGCCGCGUGACGACGUUGCCAAAGCCGACGACGUGGAGAAGGAGACCCUCCUUGAUCAUGACAGCGAUCCAGAUGAAGAGAUGCUUUUCAACCGCCCGAGUACUUCGACCAGUCUGCCAUACAGAGAUCGUAAAAUGGACAGUGUUCGUAUGCAGAUAAAGGAAGUAACAGACGUGAUGCGUGAAAAUGUGCAAAAAGUGAUGGAACGAGGAGAAAAAAUGGAAGACUUAGAAGUGGCCAGCGAACGGCUGACUAUGGCUGGAAACGAGUUUCACGACUCGGCAAAGAAGGCACACCGCAGGGCUUGGAUGCAAAACAUGAAGAUGAGAAUCAUUGUCGGCACCAUUAUUCUGACAAUAGUUAUGAGUAUUAUUGACACCGCUCCACCGCUUUACGAUGAAAAAAAGGAUAUCAUUUUUCGUGUUCCAGGUACUUUGAUCAGAUGGUAUUCCUGACGUCAUGCGACUGCCUUCCAAUACGUAUCAUAAUUUCAGUUUAAAUAAUUGUAAUAUAUUUUGUGAUAACGAACUUUACUCCGUGAAUUAGCAUGUAGCCAAAAUAAAUGUUAUUCUUGUAACUAUGUAUAAAUAAACGACGUAUCUCUACAUACGUAUAAUUAUGUUCGAAA